AGCUCGGUUAGCGUGUUUAGAACAUCCAGCGUCCUGAGAGUGUAGGGAUAUCAUAAAAGGUGUUCAGAUUUGACUUUUUUCUUCCUUUUUGACUCUUGGAUGUUUGUGAAAUGUCCGGGUUUCAGGGACUCUCAGUUUUUCUUGUGGCAGUCCAGCAAAUUAUUAUCCAGCGGAGUACAGAAGAGAUCUCCUCUGAGACGCAGGAGAGGAGCUCCAGUUUGAACCAAGAAAAAAGCAAGCCUCUACACAUUAAAGAGGAGCCACAGGAAAAAACGAGCAGUCAGGGGAGAGAGCAGCUUCAAGGGCCAAAGGGAGAUGAUAUUAUCAACUUCACUUCUGUUCCUGUCCCUGUGAAGAGUGAAGAUGAUGAGGAGAAACCUCAGUCCUCACAGCUUCAUCACAUAAAACAUGAGGCCACCAGGUACUUUGAUCCAGAGAGAAAUUUACAACCAGAGACUGAGGUCAAGACUGAACACUCAACUAAUCCUGGGACUGAUGACGGCACUGCUUGGAGGAAGGCAACAGAACACCAGUCAGGGUCAAGCUCAGUGGGAAAAAUCCCCAAAGAGAGAGCAAAGACUGAGAAGAAAUUGCUUAUCUGCUCUGAGUGUGGUAAAACAUUUACAGACAAAAGCAAACUUACACACCAUAUGAAAAGUCACACUGGAGAGACACCCUUCAGCUGUUCUGAGUGUGGAAAGAGAUUAAAAUACAAAUGGUCCCUGAAACAACAUAUGCAAAUUCACACAGGAGAAAAGCCCUUCAGCUGUUCUGAGUGUGGGAAGAAAUUUAAACUCAAAAGCACCCUUAAAAACCAUACCAGAAGUCACACAGGAGAGAAGCCCUUCCACUGCUCUGAGUGUGGAAAAAGAUUUACAAAUAAGCACAAUCUUAAAGCUCACUUGAGAAUUCACACAGGAGAGAAACGUUUUGGAUGCUCUGAGUGUGGCAAAGCAUUUUACAAUCUGUCACGUUUGAUCAAACACAAAGCAGUUCAUCUAGAAGAGAAACCCUUUAGCUGCUCUGAGUGUGGUCAGAGAUUUACACAUAAUGGAACUUUGACAGCUCACAUGAGAAUUCACACAGGAGUUAAAGCUUUUGUCUGCUCUGAGUGUGGCAAAAGAUUUCUUGAACGAAAAACUUUAGAAGCACACAGGGUAGUUCACACCAGAGAAAAGCCAUUCUGCUGCUUAGAGUGUGGUAUGAGAUUUACACAAAAGGGAAGUGUGGCUAGACAUAUGAAACUCACACACAUAGAUUCUUUUGCUGCUACUUCUGUGACAAAACAUUAACUGAGAGAUGUAAUCUGACUUGAAGGAAAAAAGUUAUGUUGUCUUGAGUUUGAUGAAAUAUUUUGUAAGGUUAUCUGAUAGAAUGUGAGAAUUCUCAUGAAAGAGAAACUCUUCAGCUGUUCUUAGUGUGAUGAAUUGUGGCUCAUCAUACAGGAUCAAAAACAGCCAGAAGUGCAAAUCCAAAGACAUUUUCAUCGCGACACUGAAAUCAAUACCAAAGGCUUUCGUGAACCUGAGACUGACAUCAGCAUUGUGCACCUCUUAAAAAAUGUGAAUUUCUUUCAGUGAUUAUAUAAAACACUACUGAGAGACCACUCUGGGUGUGGUAUUACAUUAAGUUAGAAUUGUGUCUUGAAGAAUCACAAAACCAAAGAGAAAUAACCCAUGUCAGAAUGUUUUAGAUCGUUAUUCUGUUAUUUGUUCUGUUUACAAUGAUUGUUAAAAUCUUUAGAGAUAAAAAGCACCU